AUGGCCAACCGUCCCAAAGAACACGACACCAAAGUCCUCACCAUCGCCGAUCUGGCUAUCGAGGCCCAGAAAAGACUUCCUCCAGUCACUACUUUAACGAAGGCGCCGGCGACCUCAUCACGUACUCAUUCCCAUAACUCACCGCAAUUCCAUACCCAUACUAACAGACUACUACUUAGUCUAAAAGACAACGAAGCAGCCUACAACCGAUACAAACUCCUCCCCCGCGUUCUCCGCGACGUGGAUGCCCUCGACACCAGCACCACCAUCUUCGGCAAGAAAGUGAAAUUCCCUCUGGGCUUUGCCCCCGCCGCCGCACACAAGCUCGCCCAUGCAGAUGGCGAAGUGGGCACGUCCCGUGCGGCUGCAGCGCACGAUAUCCCCAUGUGUUUGUCCUCGUGGGCAACAACAGGCAUUGACGAUGUGAUUGCCCAGGGGACGGGGAAUCCGUAUGCCAUGCAGGUGUCCUUUUUCAAGGAUAUAGAGAUUACGAGGAGAAUCAUUCAGAAAGCUGAGAAGGCCGGUUACAAAGCACUAUUCGUGAGCGUGGAUCUCCCCGUGCUAGGGAACAGAUUGAACGAGUCUCGGAAUAACUUCAAUUUCCCGAGUGAUAUGCGGUUUCCGGUGUUGGCGGAGGGAAUUGAUGAGAUGGGGUUGAAGGACUCGUAUGAGCGUGGCUAUGAUGGCACUAUUCGCUGGGACAAGACAAUUGCCUGGCUACGACAGAACACGAAGCUCGAAAUCUGGCUUAAGGGCGUCUACUCCCCCGAAGACAUUCAGCUAGCCAUCGAUCACAAAAUCGACGGCGUCAUCAUCUCCAACCACGGUGGUCGCCAACUCGACGGUGUCCCCGCCACGCUGGAUGCUUUGCGCAUCUGCGCGCCCGUGGCAAAAGGGAAGAUUCCCCUGGCAGUGGACGGUGGAAUCAGACGGGGAGCAGACGUGUUCAAGGCGAUUGCGCUGGGAGCGUCGAUGUGUUUUGUGGGGAGGAUUCCGAUCUGGGGAUUGGCGUAUAACGGCGAGAAAGGCGUCGAUCUAGCGGUCAAGAUCCUCUACGAUGAGUUCUGUCGCACAAUGAAGCUGGCUGGAUGCCGAACUAUAGCAGAUAUCACGCCGGAGCAUUUGGCGAUUUUGGAGACAAAUGGGCUAUUGGCGAAGCUAUAA